AUGGCCCUGCCCUCCUCGGUUGAAUCCCUUCUCAGCACGGUCUGGGACUUCAUCACCAUCAACCGUCUUUUAACCGGCGCGGGCAUUUACUUCCUCCUCCUGAACGCGAAAGGGCUCCCCGGUGUCUGGCACUACCGCCUCUUCAAAGGUCUCUUCAUCGAACUAGUAUGGAAACGCUCAACCACUCCAGCGCCCUUGCUCGACAGCCAGGGCCGUCCACGCCUCUACAGCUACUUUGUGACCGAGUGCAGUAACCCGGUGAUCGAGUGCGACUACAACCUGCACAAGUCCAACAGUACUUUCUUUUCAGAUCUCGAUAUCAAUCGCACGCAGUUGAUGAUGACGCAUUUUAAGCAUGUUCUUUCUACGGCCUCGAUGCCGCGGAAGACCAAGACAGCCAAUGGCAACGGCGACGAUCAGAAAAGGAAAAGGCCGCUCAUGAUGGCUAUGGGCGGUGUAUCUUGCUUGUUCCAUCGCGAAAUCAAGCCGCUACAGCGGUAUGAGGUUUGGAGUCGCGUGCUGGCGUGGGAUGAAAAGUGGGUUUAUGUGGUUAGUUACUUUGUUAAAAAGGGAUCGCUGAGCAGGGAUGGGAAUUUCAAGGGAGAUCUUGACCUUGAUCCCAAGGUAAAUGCAAAGGUUGUGUUGGCGUCUUGUAUGGCAAGGUAUGUCUUCAAGGAAGGGAGGAUUACGGUGAAGCCCGAGCGGGUUUUGCAAGAGUGUGGCUUGUUUCCACUGGCAGAGGAAGCCGUGGCCGGAGAGAAGGCAGAAAAGGCAUCUGUUGAUAGCUGGGGCAAAGAGCAAUUUGAGGAAGCACGACAGAAGGGGUUGGUGACUGCAGGCAAGUUUUCCGGGUUGGAGGUGUUGCCUUUGAUGACGGGUUUUGGGGAAUCAGGGGUGCUGGGGAGGUAUAAUGAUUUCUGA